AUGUCCCAGACCAAGUCCGCUGCCAGUCAGGGCACAGAUGCCAAGGAAAAGGGUGCCCCCGCCCCCGCCCCUGCCCCCGCCCCCGCCCCCGCUCCCACUCCUGCCACCAACAAGGCUGCUAAGACCGGGGACCCCGGGAUGAUGGGUCCCUUCACUAUCAUGCUGUACGAGCAGGAGAACUUCCAGGGCAGGAUGGUGCCGGUGCAGAACGAAUGUGUGAACUUGGUGGACCACGGCUUUGAGAGAGUGCGCAGCGUGCGCGUCGAGUGCGGCCCCUGGGUGGCUUUUGAGCAACCGAAUUUCCGCGGGGAGAUGUUCAUCCUGGAGAAGGGCGAGUAUCCUCGCUGGGACACCUGGUCUAACAGCUACCGUAGCGACUGCCUCAUGUCCUUCAGACCCAUCCGAAUGGACCCUCAGGAGCACAAGAUCUGCCUCUACGAGCUGUGCGACUUCAAGGGCAACAAGAUGGAGAUCAUGGAGGACGACGUGCCUUCCCUCUGGGCACAUGGCUUCACCAACAGGGUGGGCAGCGUGAUUGUCUCGGGAGGAGCCUGGGUUGGCUACCAGUAUCCCGGCUACAGGGGCUACCAGUACCUGUUUGAGUGCGGCGAGUACAGGCACUACAACGACUUCUGCGCCAUCCAGCCUGAGAUUCAGUCCAUCCGUCGCGUCCGAGACAUGCAGUUCCACCAGCGCGGCUGCUUCACCUUCGCCGCCGCCGGCACCGGUACGAGCAGCAGUAGCAGCAGCAGCAGCAGCAGCAGCGGCAGCGGAAGCACCAGCAAGUGAGCGUUCCCCGCCAGCUGCCUCCAGCACCGCUCGCAGCCCGAAGGCAGUGCU